AUGGCCGCCCCCAUUCGUGUUCUGAGAUGUUUUAUGCCUUCAGGGUUUGCUUUUUUAUCUACUGCACGAACGCCAACCACAGAGUUUCUGUCAUGCAUUAGAAACACAUCGACUGCUAUUGCAGUUACCACAGUUAAAAGAUCUGUAUACCCAAGGCUGUAUCCAACCGUUCUAGUAUUUCCUGACGGUAGUACGUUAAAUAUCCAAUACAGGGACCCUCGCAAAAUUGUCAAGUUACCCGUCGACUUUUCAAAGUUAUCGGAGGCAGAGAAGAGGCAAGUGUUACUCAGCAGAAAGCCAAAGCAAAAACUGGAAAAAAUUGAGGACUUUGGUGAAAGCAUAGAUAUAAGUGAAUACAGUAAAUAUUUCAAUCAGUGA